AACGUAUAUACGAACCUUCAAACCGACAAAUAAACUUCUGAUUUUGAAUUUUCGAAAAUAAACUUGUAGAAAAUAAGUGUGUACUGUGUAAUAAAACAUUAGUAAAUUUAAAAGACAAUACAAUAGCUUUGUACGUUAAGUUUUAUUAACUAUCUUAUAAAAUACAUAAUAUAAAAUAUUAUGCCUCCUACGGAGAUGGACGCGCUUGUGGCGGUUGAGAAACCAAACCCGCGAAACAAUCCAACUAUGUUCAAGAUAUUCCAAAAUGUUCAAUACAAUGUGGUACAGCAUAAAAAAUAUGUGAAGGAAAUGAAAAAACUGUACAGAAAGCUUGACCAAGACACUUUUAGGGAAAGUUUCAGAAAUGCUCUUCAUUACUUAUUCACCUUUGGAGACACAAGCGCAAAUGUUGAUCGAGUUGUCCAGUUUGUUUCCACUUUCUGCAUUGCUCUCGAUGAUGAAGAGGAAUUCCUUUUGUUCAUCUUUGACAUUAUUUUUGAUUGUCAGUGUGUCUCUGGUCAGUCAGUUAGAUACAGAGCAAGUCAGUUGCUGGCAUCUGUGCUUGCUGCUCUGGGUGAUGAUGCCUCUCUGGAUGAUGACUUGUGUGACAAACUACUUAGGUCCCAGAUGGACCGUCUUCAAGACACGCGCGGCGCGGUGCGGUGCCGCGCAGCGCUCGCUCUACAAAGACUGCAGAACCCCUUGGAACCAGAUGAUGAAGUUACUAGAGCUUAUCGUUUCCAUAUGAGCUGCGAUCCCAGCUCUUCUGUAAGAAGGGCGAUAUUAAUGUCGAUAGCCAAAAACUUGCGCAAUGUGCCAUUUGUUCUGGAGCGACUCUGCGAUGUCGAUGAGGCGGUGAGGCGCGCCGCCUUCCUCUACAUAACCGCCAUUAACGUCACCCAACUGAAAGUGAGGCAACGCGUGCUUGUAUUGAAGGUGGGUUUGACGGAACGCAGUCCACGCGUUAGACGUGUAGUGGAAGAGAUACUGAUACCAGGCUGGCUCAGCUCAUUCCAGGGCAACAUAAUAGAUCUGCUCAAAGCCAUCCGCUUAGACAACGCUCAAGAUGCCAAGGAUUCCCAGUACGUAGCGGGGAAGCUUUUGGAGUCACUUUUCAAACGCCUUCCAAUCUCCGAGCUUUUGGAAUGGCUCCCAACUGAAAAGUCGCAUCGUCUCAUACCAGCUGAGAAGCUGAAUAAGGAGACUGCUUGGUACUGGCGUCACCUAGCGGAGCAUUUGCAGAAGAUUGAUGACGACGAGACUCUGGAGACAGUGUUGCCUGAUCUGGUAGUGCUUACGGGAUAUAUACGAGCAAUAGUUGAAUCUCCGUGUCCAUCCGAGGCGGAAAACCCAGUGAUGUUCAGCACUCGUCAGUAUGUCCUACACGAGCUGGGCAGCAUGCUGCACGUGUACGACGCCAGCGACCCCGCCGGCCGCGCGGCGCUCAAGGACCUGAUCACUGAUACGCUCACUGGCGACUACGGGGCGCUAAGCGCGGACGUUAUACGUGCAUUCGUAGCGGCUCUGGAGAUGGUCGUACCGGACAUAACGCCGCGUAUAGACAUCAUAUGUGGCAUAGUGUCCGCCUUACGCGAGCCGCCCGAGCUUGAGGAGCCUGUAGCGCCGCCGCCGCCUGUUGACACUGCGGAAAUGAAAAUGCAGAGGGCAAGAUUACGCGUAUCCUUGAAUGUAGCGCAAGAAGCGCAAGAGGAAGCAGUAAGAGCUGAAAACUAUACACUUGCAGCUGAAUGUAAAGCUAAGGUAGCAGAUAUACAAAGGAAAAUUGAAGAACUAAGUAUUCAAAGUCAGCCACCGCCGCCGCAACCUAUGCCAACUAUCAGGGAGAAACAAUGUGAUGCGGACACCCUUAACAAAUGUCUUAUAAUACUAAACUGCGCGCUGGAUACCCCACAACUGAAAACUAUCACAACGAUGCUGCAGUUGACGUUUAAUGAACUAGAGGUGGAAAUAUUCCAAAAUGUGGAUAUCCGAGAUAAUGCGCUCGAAACUGUAGCAAUGUUUGGGAUGCUCGACAAGGAGCUUGCUAAAGAUCACAAAGCGUUCUUUUUUACAAAUUUGAUGGACUUGACAAAUGAAACCACAGUAAGUACGGUACUCAAAUGCUUUAUGGACAUAUUAUGUGUGCACGGCGCGCGCGUCUUUGACGAAGAGAUUGAUACCUCAAAAACUGGUUCAUCAAAGAAACGGAACACUAAACAUUCCACAGACACAGAUGCAGAUGGUACUGUAUCCGAGUCUGCUCUUUCACUCUCGCCACCCUGCACUGUGAUUCAAGUACUGCUAAAUAUUUUGGAUGAUCCCAGUCCGCCAUAUAGGCUUAUCAUAGUGGAAGGGCUUUGCCGUCUCAUAUACCUGGGCCAUUUGGUGUCGCCGGCUAUACUCAGCAGAUUGUUAUUGCUAUGGUUCAAUCCAGCUACAGUGGAAGAAGAUGUCUUGAGACAAACUAUAGGGAUAUUUUUCCAAACCUUUCCCAGCAGUGUGGAUGGAGCUCAAGAACAAAUACAGAAAGCAACAUUACCGACUCUCCGUGCUCUUGCCAAUGCGCCUUCAAGUUCGCCGCUGGCCGAAAUAGAUCAGGAGGCGGUCGUGAGGUUCAUCGUAUCACUAACGAGAGUUAACCAUGAGCUUAUAGACAGCCAAGGCGCAAUGGCCAUGGUGCUUUGCGGGUACUUGGCUCGUCGGCCCACGUGUCCCGAAGCGGCGCUGGCGUGUCGCAUGCUGGCUCUACUGUCGCCGCCUAGAGACGCGCUUACAGCCUCCGACCUCGCUGUCACGCUGAGAGACUUAUGUCUGAAAAUGCCGGACAAGCAGUCGUGUCGCAAUCUAACGCGAUAUCUCGGAGCCUUGGAGGAGCGCGCUAGUUUUAGUAAAGCAUCUAACAUUGGAGUAACUGAAGGCACCAUCCAAACAGAAGACACUAUUAACACAGUCGGCCGUAACACUUCGUCUUUACCUCAACCGCUUGCUCGGAGCACUCACGUGGUUAUCAACGAGACAGUUCAAGAGGAACCCGAAAUCGAUGAGACCUCUCCCUCCGAUUCAAGGGAAUCUGAAGAAACAAGACCAUCGGAAAUAAGGAAAUCAGUACAAGAAGAAUCUGAUAUGGAGAUAAUAGCGAAUAACGACGCAUCAGUCUCUUCUUCGGAUAGCAGCGGGGUGUUGCCUGUUAAAAAAGCUAGAGUUACUAAAGGCAAGAAAAAGAAGCUCUCUCUAUCUAGGAAUAGUUCGGAGUCCAGUGAUAAAAGUAAUCCCAGUAAAGUUGCAAAAGAUGCUCAAAAUCAGAAACAAAAAUCAAAGAGCCUUAAACGAACUCGCUCGCAGCGUUCCCUAGAGAAUGUGAAUAAAGCCAAAGCAACUGCAAAGACUAAAAAAGGUCAACCAACUACAGAAGUUAUGGCAUUACAACGAUCCCCAUCGCCUGAUGAACAUAUCACUGCCCGAACAUCAACCCGCGGGGAGCAAUCUAGCCCGAGCACAGAUUCUAGUGGUUCAAGUACAGGCAAGAAUAGGACGAACAAAAAUGCAGAAAAAGAAAAAGAUAUUGUGCAGUCCAUUCCACUAGAUGACCUGGACGUGUCUAACGUCACAAUCCGCAGACCAACGCGCGAACCUGUUUCAAGUUCAGAAACAAAGUCCAGAGGCUCGAAAAAGGGCAAUAAGAAUAAAAAAACAAACAACAACAAAGAGGCGGAGGUCCGUCGAAUGACGCGCUCUUCCGUUGGAUCGCGCAGCAGUGUUGACAGUUUCGUGCAGGACGACUCCGCCGACGAAACGGAGUUGCACACCAUCGUUUAUGACAAUGACAUUGAGCAAGAGCUACUCAACGACUCAAGUGAGCUCGUAGACAGUAAGCAUGUGUCCAAACCGAAUGUUACCAUAGACGAAACACCGGAUGCAAGCGAAGAGUCCGAGUCUGAAGUGGAGGUUCCUGCAAAAGGAAAACGUAAAGAAAAGAAGUAAUACUAGUUAAAAUUGAUUUAUUUAAUUAUCAUUUUCUUUAACUCAAAUAAAGAGCCACCGGCUUUUUUACCUACUAAACUUUUUU